GUGGUCUAUCAGAGAAGGGGGGGUUUUUGGAAAGAUGAAUCCGAGCCGUUGAAUGGAACCGUACGGGGAGAUCUGGAGCGUUGAGUAAGGCCUGUGUUGACAGGGGGCAUGUGCCACCAUCCUUCAGUGAUCGUUGUCAGAAUUAUUGUGCCGCAGAGUAGCCGCGCAGCAAUACGUGGAGAUUUGAAACCCAAUCGCAUUUGACAUCUUCCGCAAUCAUCCACAACUACUUUUUCGCCGAACCAAUUUCAUUUGCUCUGCCAAAACAAAAGAGGAGUGUUCACACUUUACGAUCACAUAGAUGAAAUUAUAAAGAAUCUCCAGUCAUUUCAUCUUAUUUAAGGAUAACAUGGAUAGUGGGCCAGAACUCAUAAAUGCAAAUGACGAGGGGUCCAACGUCGUGGGGAAAAAUAAAGAGUUUUCCCUUCUAGAAGGUUUUGACAAGGUGGCAGAUGAAGAUUCGUGCUUAAAAAAGGUGGUAGCGAGUAAAGACGACGAGGGAAGCUUCAUAGUCCAGAAUCGGACAAAGCUCCAUCAUAAAGUCGAUUUUUGGUGUCUAUUGUUGGAAAUGGUCUUAGUUCCAAUUGUUGAAUCCAAUACUUGCUGCCCAAACUGGUAGAUUGGAAAAUGGGCCUUAGUUUUCUUCCCUUGCCUAAUGAGAGGUUGAUUAUCUACAAGAUAAGCUUAAAUCUCAGGCCUUGCCGCAUAUCAAUAACAAAUAAUUGCCAAUUUUCACUCCAGCGGCAAGUAUGAUCUAAUUUGAUUUUUAAAUCAGAGUAUUAUUUGGUGCAACAAGAUUUUUCAUUCCCAUUGGAGGCCUAAUUCGCACAGUUGGAGGCUUUGAUUAUGAGAUAAUGGACUAUACUGUGGAGGACUUAGAUGAAUCAAAGGAAGCAAGCGAUAAAUCUCACAAGCGAUAAAUCUCACAUCAGGGAGGAUGAUGAUAGCAAGUUUGACAUCGUUGGCAAUCUUUGUGGUGCUAUUGAUGCAGAUGAAUUUCUUCUUUGGUUCAGCACGUUCUCUCCGAUCUAAGAGCACGAGUGGGAGCCUCCACCUUGAGGACAAGAUUAUUUUUAAGGGGGUGAGAAUGUUAAGGG